AUGGGUCGAAGGAAGUUGGAGAUAAAGCGAAUCGAAUCGAAGAGUAAUAGGCAAAUGUCGUUUUGUAAACGCAGCAAAGGUUUAAUGAAGAAAGCAAAAGAAAUUUCCAUUCUCUGUGAUGUCGAUGUUGCUGUUGUUUUAAUCUCUAAUCGUGGCAAGCUCCAUGAAUUCUCCAGCACCAACAGUCUGACAGGGAUCCUUCAACGAUACGAAACUCACGUCGAAGCAGAAAUCCAGGCUGCAGAGCACUCUAAAUACUCAAGCAUGACAACGGGAGAACUACUAGAAGAAACAGAAAGGCAACUCGAGAAAACUAAUGCUGAUGGUCUUACUGUGACUGACCUUAUCCAUUUGGAAAACGAACUUCAAACUUCUCUAAUACAAAUCAGAUCUAGAAAGACACAUUUGAUGCUUGAAUUUGUUAAGGCUCUUCAUGAGAAGGAAAAACUGCUGCAAAAGGAAAAGAAACAUCUGGAGAAAAAUAGAGCUCGGAUGAAGAAAAACAGAAAAGUGAAUGAAAUGUCUGACCUUCCACCACAGAGGGUGACCCUGAGUUUUCUCUAG